UACAAGACAGUUGCUCUCAAUGUUGGUCGAAAAGUACUUCACCGACUUGCAUCGUGAAAUCGAGCCUGCAGCAACGCGUCAACUUGGGUGUAUCUCGACAGGACCAACAACACCCACAUCCUCUCGACACUACUCGGCUCGUCGCGCUGUCGGGGGCAGAAGCGGGACGAAUCGGAAUCGAUUCCGGCGCCUGCGGCUGCACGCUGCCGGCGGUGACGACCGGAUCAGCGCCCUCCCCGAUGAUCUGCUCCUCCUCGUCCUGCGUCGCGUGGACUCCCGCACGGCGCUCGGCACAGGGUUGCUAUCCAGUCGCUGGGCUCACCUCCCACGCGAGCUCCCUACCCUCGACUUGAGGGUCACCGACAUAUUACCGCGGCGCUACUAUCGUUGGCUCCUCCUCCACAGCGACAUUUAUCGUAAAGGAUCUCAUAUGCUAUACUACGGAUUCGGCGGCAUAAAGAAGAAACUCAUGCCUGACAUCAGGAGAUACCAGCGCCGCGCCAUGCGCGCCUUGUCCACAUCCGUCAAUAGUCUCUUGGACGCCGACGACACCGUCCAACCUCGCCGGAAAGUUGAUAGGCUGAGGCUCGACUUCUUCAUUACCAACAACACAGCCUGCAUGAACCGGCUAAUUUCCAAGGCCAUGGAUGCUUGGGGGGUCAAUGAACUCGAGGCUGUUGCUAAGCCAAUUCACUGGCAUCUAACAGUACACACUUUUCCCACCCAUGGCCUCUGCCAAGAUCCCCGCUCCUCAUCCCUGAGGAGCCUUAAGCUUGGAGGUUGCCUGCUCCCGCCGCUGCACGAAUACAGCGCGCUCUCUACGCUCGUCCUGCAAGACAUACCGGAGUUGUCCGCGGCAGCCUACGAGCGCAUCUUUACCUCGUGCACGCGCCUACUGCUGCUUCACCUCAACUCUUGCAGUUGCGGCCAGGGCAUGGGCACGGUCGUGGUGGUGGACGCCCCCAGCUCAGAGAUCAGAGAGCUCGUCGUCCACAAGUGCAGAUUCUCCAUGUCGAUGAGGGCACUUCCCAAACUCGAGAGCCUAGCCUCGUUCGAGACCAGGGUGCAGUUCGAAUCAACUUCAUUUCCCUGCCUCAGGCGAUGGAACCUCGCAUGUGACCUCGGUGUCAGAUCGAAAGGAUUCCGCAAAUACUGUGCGCAGCACCUAGAACUGGAUUUGUUUCUUGAAUGCACCCCGGAUAUAAGCGACCUGAUUAUCCGCUUCACCGGACCUGACAGAUGGAUCGAGCCAUCUAGCUCUCCGUCGUCAUUACUGUUACCUAACCUCAGGCGGCUGCUGGUCGCCGAUGUGCCUUCGUCAUGGGAUGUGUCAUGGCCUCGUCUUCUCCUUGAGGUGGCACCCUCCCUCGAGAUCUUCCACAUUCACAUUGCCCCUUCCAUGGACGAGCCGGGCGAUGAGAUAUCCUGGCAGCCCGCAAACCUUCGGCGGCAUCACCUCAAGGAAUUUGUAAUGUCUGGUUUUGAGGGAACGGAACAACAGAUUUACCUAGUCAAGUUUGUCAUGGGAGUAUGUACGACGCUGAGCCGUGUCGCCAUGUUCAAGAGUGGACAUGCUCUGGAUAAGGGGCACUGGGAAUGGGAGAUGGUGACGCAGCAAAGCACAUGGACUGAAGAAGAGAAGGGCCCGUUGCUGGAGCACAUCAUGGACGGGGUUUCUUCCUCCACAACUCCUCUUCAACUCAUCUUCGGCUGAUGUACUCGUGUUUGUUCAUGUCUCGC